CCGCCCCGCCCAGGGCGGAAGGAGCGGCUGCGGGCUCGGAGCUCCGGGACGUGCUGGCCGCGCGCCGCUUCCUCCUGGGCCUUCUGGACUCGUGGCGGAGCGCGGAGACCCGCAGACAGCGCUGUAUGCCCACCAUGGAUCUCAACAUUCAGUGUGAGCAGCUGAGCGACUCCCGGUGGACUGAGCUCCUGCCCCGCAUCCAGCAGUGCCAGUGGGUCAGGCUGGAUGAUUGCGGCCUCUCUGAGGUGCGGUGCAGGGACCUCCGCUCUGCGCUUCAGGCCAACCCUGCCCUGACGGAGCUGAACGUGCGCAACAAUGAGCUGGGCAAUGCGGGCGUGCAGCUGGUGCUGCAGGGCCUGCAGAGCCCCACCUGCCAGAUUCAGAAGCUGAGCCUGCAGAACUGCGGCCUGACGGCAGCUGGCUGUGCGGCCCUGCCCGGUGUGCUGUGUGCCCUGUCCACCCUGCGUGAGCUCUGUCUCAGCGACAACCCCUUUGGAGACGCGGGCCUGCAGCUGCUCUGCCAGGGGCUCCUGGAUGCUCAGUGCCACCUCGAGAGACUGCAGCUGGAGUACUGUGGGCUCACAGCUGCCAGCUGUGAAUCACUGGCCGCGGUGCUCAGGGCCAAGCCAGACUUCAAGGAGCUGGUGGUGAGCAACAAUGACCUCCAUGAGGCUGGAGUCCAGACGCUAUGCCAGGGCUUGAAAGAGUCUGCUUGCCAGCUGGAGACGCUCAAGAUGGAGAACUGUGGUGUCACCACAGCCAACUGCAGGGAUCUGUGUGACGUGGUCUCUAAGGCGCCCCUGCGGGAGCUGGACCUGGGCAGUAACAAGCUGGGCGACGCGGGCCUGGCGCUGCUGUGCCCCGGGCUGCGGCUCCACGGCUCCCAGCUGCAGGUCCUGUGGCUCUGGGAGUGUGACAUCACGGCCGAGGGCUGCCGGGAGCUGUGUGGCCUCCUCAGAGCCCAGCCCAGCCUGAAGGAGCUCAGCGUGGCCAGCAACGACCUGGGCGAUGAGGGUGCCCGGCUGCUGUGCGAGAGCCUGCUGGAGCCCGGCUCCCCGCUGGAGUCACUGUGGGUGAAGAGUUGCAACCUCACAGAUGCCUGCUGUCCCCAUUUCCGGUCAGUGUUGGCCCAGAACAGGUCUCUCCUGGAGCUGCAGUUAAGCAGCAAUAAGCUGGGGGACUCAGGUGUGCAGGAGCUCUGCCAGGGCCUGUGCCAGCCUGGCUGCGUGCUGCGUGAGCUCUGGCUAGGGGACUGCGACGUGACCAAUAACGGUUGUAGCAGCCUGGCGUCAGCCCUGCUGGCCAACCACAGCCUGCGGGUGCUGGAGCUCAGCAACAACUGCAUGGGGGACCCUGGCGUUCAGCGGCUGGUAGACAGCCUCAGGCAGCCAGGCUGCGCCCUGGCCCUGGAGAAGCUAGUCCUCUAUGACAUCUACUGGACCCAGGCGAUGGAGGACCAGCUUCAGACCCUGGAGGAAGCCAGGCCGUCUCUGAGGGUUAUCUCUUGAUGGACACCGACCUGGCCUCUGGACCUAUACUUGGAGACACAGCCUAGUCUGCCCUGGGGCAGUCUGUGGGCUGCAGCUUAGAGUUUGGCUUCUGCCCAAAGAGAAACAAUGUAAUCAUUUCUGCAAGAAAAAUUGAGACACUUUGUAAUGAUUAAACAGCUUUGUUAGGA